AUGACGGUGGUUCUCGAUACCGGUGUGCGGAGUGCUUACCUCCGCUUGCAAUUGAGGCUUAGACCGAACGGAGGUACUUCACAGGGCCAGAUUAUCUCCCUGAUGUCUUAUCAUGGCGGGCAGUCCACAUCAAAGGCCCCGAAGAAGGGUCUCGGUGAAAGAAAGAUACUUUGGCUUGGCAUCGUAGUGCAUCUGCGAAUCCUUGAUGAUGAUCCCGGUCGAGGCUGGGAAGCCAGUGUUGUCGACAAGUCAGACACAAACACCAGUAACGGUGCUUACUUGUCCAACUAUCCCUGCGCGUUACAGUUUGCCAAUGCUAGCCUUACCGCUAGUUUUGAGUUUCGCGUGCAAGUGGAUUUGCACGCUCCACAGAAAGCAGCUCGGGCCGUUGAGCACGUCAAUAACUCGGUAUCGAAUUAUGAAGUAGCAAAAGUCUAUCUGCCGGCACUGGCUGUACUAUACCUCGCUCGACCAAGCAAGGCCACAGCCUGCACAACACACAAGCCACACACCAAGCCAUCCCUAAUGGCAACGCUUCCAAGGUUCCCGCGAAAAUCUGCUGCUCUUCUGGCGGUGCAUGCAUGUCGCCCGGAGCGUACAGAGGCAGCCAUCCGUGAGCGAUUUUCCCGAUUGAAGCUGCGUGCGUACACAGGAUUCUGCCCAUGGCUGUGUCGGCUUCGUGAUUCCAACAUCCAAUCCAAAAGUCAUAGUAUACCGGGACCAGUACAUGGCAUAGCUACUCGACCGUCCAGCGUCAGCAAUUGGUUCCGUGGUGGUGGCUUGGCGCGCCCAAGACGGUGCCCAUCCACUCGGCCUAGUCGAGAUGAUAGCAAGCUGACGCGGUCCGAAUUGAAGCCAUCUUCUCGCUCGUCUAAUGAAGCCGUGUUGGACUACAGAGCUGUGGUCCCGCCAGAUGCCGCCUUCGACGGCGCCCUGAGCCGACUUGGUCGCUCGACGCAACAAGGAGGCAUUCUCUUGGGUCGUUGCACAACAAAUGGAAGGCUGGGAGGCUGCGGAAGGAGCCGUUGCACAGAGUACCGCAAAUUCUGCUGGAUCAAUAUUUCCCAGGUCCCGCAGGAAGCUCUCGUCUUUUGCGAGCGGAGUGCUGGGCGGAGCAACGCCUUUGUUCUGAAGCCCUUGGCGCCACUGGAUGGCACGGCAACAACAGCCAUCGGGAACACACCACUUGCGCAGCACACCGGAACCUGUAGCCAGCCAUGGGCCCAGUCGGCGGCGCAGGCAAAAGAAGUGCGCAUGUCCAGAGGGCGUGGAGGGAGCAAGAAUGAUGCUGUAGCUCGUUGCCGUGCAUCCCGUGCGGUGGAUUCGCGAAGGCUCAUGGCAGUCAAUUGA